AUGCAAUCAUUUUUGCAAUAUCGUCGGCUGCGCAACGAUCUGCAGCAAACAAUCCAACUAAGCGCCCACGAUGUCCCCAGGAGCUACCAACCAGCGAAUUCCAGCGACGAAUCUUUAGAUGACGAAAAGUCUCCUUCAGAAAAGUCAAUCGUCCUUCAUACAGGCCAACGAGUGACCAUUCCUGGUGUCACCGUCCAAACUUCGCGCGAUGGAGGCGGCACAAUACUAUUUGUUGUCGGAUUCGACAGUCCCGAUGACCCGCUCAAUCCGAAGAACUGGUCAACACGAUAUAAAUGGCUCACAUUGAGUAUUGUUGGAACCACGGGGUUUCUGGUCGGAUGGGCCUCUGCCAUUGACUCCGCCGUCAUCCAACAAGGUCAAGAGGCAUUUGGAGUCAGCAAGAUAACAGAAUCAUUGGCCACCGCGCUGUAUCUCUUUGCCUUCGGCUUUGGGUCCCUUGUUGCGGCACCCUUCUCGGAAACUGUUGGACGAAACCCAGUGUACCUGGUGACCUUGUCGCUGCUGAUGAUUUUUAUCAUGGCAUCCGGUCUUGCCCCAAACAUUGGUGCGCAGUUGGCAUUUCGUUUUCUCGCCGGCAUAUUCGGUUGCACACCUCUCACCACCUUCGGCGGCAGCAUGGCCGACAUCUUCAAUCUGAUGGACCGAACCUAUGCCUUCCCAGUGUGUUGUACUUUGUCGUUCCUUGGCCCGUUCAUGGCCCCAAUGGUCGGCGCCUUCAUCGGCCAAAGUACCGCCAUCAGCUGGCGCUGGGUAGAGUGGACAUCAUUGAUCUUGGCGGGCCUGAUCACUGCGGGAAUAUUUUUUCUCGUUCCCGAGACAUACGGUCCCGUACUUCUUCACUGGAAAGCGCAUCACCUUCGUGCAAUAACCGGUGACCAACGCUUUCGUGCUGAGAUUGAGAUCCGCCAAGCUAGCCUUGCGCAACGCCUCUUCACCAGCUGCUCACGACCCUUCGAGAUGUUCUUCCAGGAGCUCAUGGUCGCCCUGUUUACCAUGUACCUGGUGAUCGUCUACAUCGUUCUUUUUGGCUUCUUGACCGGCUACGAAUUUAUAUAUGGCGAAACAUACGGAUUCUCGCAAGGCUCCGUGGGCCUCGCCUUCAUCGGAAUGAAUAUCGGCUUUCUAGUCGCCUUUGCCCUUGUCCCUCACAUCUACAUGUCCUACAAAAAGCGUCUGCUGGUAGCGAUUGACAAUGGUGAAGGCUCACUCCCGCCAGAAGAACGCCUCUGGUUCGCCAUGUACGCAGCACCGUGGCUACCGAUCUCUCUUUUCUGGAUGGGCUGGACAAGCUACCCUUCCAUCUCAUACUGGUCAUCACUCGUGGCGUCUGUUGCAUUCGGGUUUUCAGUCCAGGGCAUCUUUAUUUCCAGUUAUCAGUAUCUUAUUGAUACGUAUGAGGUAUAUGCUGCUAGUGCGCUGGUCAGUGCCACGUUCAUGCGAUAUCUAGCUGCUGGAGCUAUGGUGAUUGUUUCGAUCCCUAUGUACGGAAACAUCGGGGUUCAUUGGUCGCUUACGUUGCUGGGCUGUUUGUCGUUGAUUAUGACACCUGUGCCGUAUGUGUUCUAUAAGUUUGGCCAUGCGUUUCGGAAGAGGAGUGGUAUGGCGCGGGAGGAAUAG